UACCACACAAUCGAUACGAAUUUAAAUGGACUUUAAAUCACUUUUUAAACUAACAAAUCGCCAAAUAAUCUUGUUCUUGUUUAGUUGACUAUUGUUAUGAUUCAUUUCGAAGAUGUUGAUACUAUGGAAGUAUUGCAAGCGUGUCGCUGCUGCCUGCUACGACCGCCAGACAAGGGUCUCAAAACUCUGUACACGCAUCUCGGCAAAACUGAGAUAUAUUCUGAUAUGCUCACCGAUUGCUUCGAUGUAGAUCUUACCCUAGGCAAUGAUGAUUGUGGCAUCUGUGAGAUGUGUGUGUGCCGUCUCCGGAGUGUGAGUGACUUCAAAAAGCAAGUGAAGCGCAGCCAGAAAGAGCUGCGGGUUUGCAUGGAAAAAAUAUUGCAAAGAAAAAACGAAAAAGCCCUCAAGUGUGAGAUGUCUCAUGAAGACACGUCAACUGAUGAAGCUAUGCUACGAGAUGAGCCCUCUGUUAAGAUGGAGAGGUGUGAUGACCGAGAAAGCGAUGGUGACUUAGCAUUACGACUGUUGGACCGUUCAACGACUGAUCCCGACGCCAUCCGUGAAAAGCAUACAUGCCACAUUUGCGAACAAACGUUAAAUCAAGAAGGUUCCCUCGAAACCCACGCGCAUGGCCAGGAAACUGACUCUAUGAAUGAAACACAAGACACUACGGAAUAUAACAAAGUGGAUAAUUUAUACUCAUGUGACAUAUGCAAAAAAGAGUUCAAACAUCAAGGAUACUUAAACACUCACCUAAAAUGUCAUACGGACAAUUAUCGAUACUCCUGUGAAAUUUGCAACAAGAAAUUCACACUCAAAUCACGUUACGACAUUCAUAAAGUCACCCACACAGGUGAAAAACGUUAUAAAUGUGAUGUAUGUAACAGACGGUACACACAAAAAUGUACAUUAAACGCUCAUUUGAAAUACCAUACAGGGGACUACCGGUUCUCAUGCGAAGUAUGCGGUAAAAGAUUUACCCAAAAAGCUUACUUGAUUAAACAUAUGCGUGUCCACACUGGUGAAAAACCAUAUUCUUGUAAAGUCUGCCAAAAACAGUUUUCACAAGAAGGUAACUUAAAAACACACUCACUUAUACAUUCUGAAAGUAACACGUCAUACUCUUGCGAUAUAUGCAAUAAAGAAUUUAAACUAAAAUCGACUUUAAAGAAACAUUUACUGACCCAUUCUGGUGAUAAAUUAUUCAGUUGCGAAAUAUGUGGGAAACAAUUUCUACGUAAAAGCGAACUGUCUAGACAUAUGAAUGGACAUAUGGGUGUGAAGCCACAUUUCUGUGAAAUCUGCAACAAAGGUUUUACAUUAAAAAGUAACUUGAAAGCUCAUAAGCUAACGCACACUGGUGAGAAGUCCUUCUUGUGUGAUAUAUGCCACAAACCAUUUCGAACUAGAACACAUCUAAAAAGCCACAUGCUGAUACAUACUGGGCAAAAAUUACAUGCUUGUGAAGUGUGUAAUAAGCAAUUUACACAUAAAUCUGCUUUAAAUCUUCAUAGUAGACUUCACAGCGGGGUAAAGCCAUACACAUGCGAAGUCUGUAAAAAGGAAUUUAGAAUACUUUCUGGAUUAAAGUUACACAGUCGUGUCCAUACUGGUGAAAAGCCAUUCAAGUGCGAAAUCUGCAAUAAAACAUUUGCCCAUCCAUCAAGCUUUAGAAAACAUAAGCGUAUACAUAGAGAGAAAACAUAUCCUUGGUGAUAUUAGAAAAGUGAUUAUGGACUGAUUAUAUGAGAGCCCAAGAUGGCCAAACCCUGUUAAAAUAAUGCUGGCC